AUGAUGAAUGCGCUUCGCGAUGUUGUACCGCACAUCGAUGAGGCAGUUUUCAGUAGCCUCGGUGAUAAACUCAUCGAGCAGCUCCGGUCCAGUGUUGGCCUAACAACACGCACUGGCACCUGUCAGUUUAUCAUCGAUUUAUGUCUACGACGUCAACAGAUGCUUUUGUCUUUUCCGUCCACGUGCGAUAAAAUGGUACGCGUCCUCAUGCACGGUUUCACUGAUCGAAAUCCGGCCAUUAAAAAGCAGUUCUCUUCGUGCUUAUCCUAUCUGAUACCAUUUUGCUCAAAAGCAGAAGUGAACCGAGUCAUGGAUCACAUCAAACGGAAACUGCAAAGUGAACAAGAUGACCAGCUAGCAAUUUUGCAUCUUUUGCGAGCUUUGGCCAGAAAUACCGAAAUACUGAGCAAAUGGGCAACAGAUAUCGUCCCUUAUGUAUUUCUCUGCAAAUGUCAAUCAGUUGCAAAGGAUGACGAGACUGGUAAAAAGAGGCUGGAAAUGUGGGAAGAGCUAUGGUCCGAUUUGGUGCCAGGUAGUUCGGCUUGUUUCUAG